AUAUACACGUUGAGCUUCAACAUGAAAGCCUGCGUUGUUUCUGUGUUUUUGUUUCUGCUGGCUACGAACAUUUUCGUCGAGGAAGUUGUUGCAGCUGGAGAAUGUGGAAGGACUCCGAUUAGGUCAGCAGCAGCAAGCCUGAGCCCGUGCUUGAGUGCGGCUAGAAACGUGAGGGCCAAGGUUCCCCCACUUUGCUGCACCAAAGUUGGUGCCUUGAUUAAGACUGCCCCAAAAUGCCUUUGCGCUGUUCUGUUGUCACCUUUGGCAAAGCAAGCCGGUAUUAAUCCCGCCAUUGCCAUUACCAUUGCAAAGCGAUGCAACAUCAGGAAACGGCCUGCCGGAAAGAAGUGCGGAAGGUACGUGGUGCCAUAAGCCAAAGUCAGAGGAGUCCUGCCAUUAGCCAUACAUAUAUAAAAGAGGGACCAGAACAUCCAAUGUCUUUCUAUAUAUAAGACUAUAAGUUGGAAUAGAGAAUAAGAUGUAACGAAGGGUCAUUUGCUAUGCUCUGAUCGUUGACUCUUCCAGGCACACUACCGUUUUACUUUACUUUCAUGUACCAUUUAAUGUGGUGUUCUUGUCCUAAUGUUUUCUUAAUGGAUUAUAUUUCCUAUCCUUA